AUGCUUACCUUACCCGCCUACCUUACCAACCCAGCGUGCCAUGUGAGACGCAUGUGGCUGUUGCUCGUCUUCUUCGGCGUGGUGGCUGCGCGUGUGCCGGCCGUUUCUUCUGCCUGGACCUCAUGCGAAGCAGAGGAUCAGGAUCGAGGCACUGAGUUCGGCGUCCGAUCUGCUAACCUCCUGCAGCGGGCUCGCCGAAGCCAACCGAUCAUCCCUCGAAACUGGACAAACUCUACUUUUGGAGAUAUCUUCGGGCUACCAAAUCAAGGUGUAGGGCCAGUGCGAUAUGUGCCUGGCCCACGGGUCUUGUCGCAUCUUCAAACAGGGCUCUUGCUUGGGACGCUGGCGGUUUCUGUGGCUCUAAGCCACCUGUCGGCCGCAGAGGUGACCACCUCUAUAUCCUCCUGGAUCUCAGCAAGUGUCUGCACCAAUCUCUUAAACAAGGAGGCUGCAAGUACUUUCCAGGCGACCUGCCUGCUUGUGAUUCUACAGAUGUUCAUUGCCAACAUCGUCGUCAUCCUAGCGCGGUUUAAGGACCUUGGGUGUCCUAGCGUUCGAGACUUCUGGAGAUGGCUACCAGUCUCCUUUCUGGUGUCCGGUAUGUUGGGCACCUCGAUUUUUGCGCUGGAAGGCACAACGGUGAGCACAGUGAACAUCAUCCGGAAUGUCCUUCCAAUCAUUACCUUUGUCCUGGAGAAGAUCCUGUUCAACAGCCCAAGGAUUGUAAGACCUGGCCAUGUCCUGUCAAUGUUUUUGACGCUCUUUGGGACCACUCUCUACGGCAUCUACAACUUCUCCGUCACGAGUUACAGUCUUGGUAUGAUUCUAUUUGGCUGUCUUCUGACGGUAGUGGACAAGCUGCUGCAGCGACACCUGCUGAUGAGCCCGGACUUCAAACAACCCUUGGCAGUCUGUAUGGUCAUGAAUAACACCUUCGGCAUGCUGCCGCUCCUGGCCGUAUCGAUCCUCACACAUGAGGCCCCAAACUGGAGCCGGGUGAUUGCCAAGACUCCUUGGGAUGGCUGGCUGUUGGUACUUGCCUCUGGGCUCUCAGGAUGCUGUUUGGGCUUCUACGGCCUAGCGGUAUCGAAGCUGGUCUCAGCUGCCUCCGUCCUGAUGUUGCAAAACACCAGCAAG